AUGUUAUAUUCUCUCUCUCUCUCUCUCUCUCUCUCUCUCUCUCUCUCUCUCUCUCUCUCUCUCUACCGUAGUCUUCCCAUCUCGCCUCUCUUUUCCUUUCUUUCCUUUCUCUUUUUCCUUUCUUUUCUUUUUGCCCUGAAUCAUUUCUUCACAUCUAUCUUAAUGCUCUUUUAUAUUAGUUUUUUCUUCAGUCUUUCUUACUUUAUCGCUCUUCUUAUUUAUUACUUUCUUUCUACUUCAUUCUUUAUUUUGAUCUCUUUUUCUAUAUUUUCUUUUUGUGUUCUUUCUCAUAAGCGUUUCAGCAUUAAUUUGCUAACAUCUUUUCGCAAAUGUUUCGAAUCUCUCUCUCUCUCUCUCUCUCUCUCUCUCUCUCUCUCUCUCUCUCUCUCUCUCUCCAAGUCGACGACUCAAGCAAAAAUAAACAGCGAGCAUUGUUAUCUCUAUCAAUCAAAUUAUCUAUUUGUCUCUUCAUGUUUACACUUCGGUUUCCUAUGGCUCUAUCACUAUGAAUAUCUUACCCACAUUGCUAAUAUUUUUAACUUCACAUUUUUUGAUCUAUCUAUCUUCAUGGAUAUGUACCCACAUUGCUGCGACAUUUCGCCCUCUCAAAUCUAUCUAUCUAUCUAUCUAUCUAUCUAUCUAUCUAUCUAUCUAUCUAUCUAUCUAUCUAUCACUUUUCACCCUCGCGUAUAUCAACUUCUCUCUCUCUCUCUCUUUAUUUCUCUCUCUCUCUCUCUCUCUCUUUGUCUCUCUCUUUAUUUCUCUCUAAUUAUCACUAAUCAUGAAUAUCUAUCUAUCUAUCUACCGAUUUGGCACUGGUUUUUCUUCAUGAUACCUCACGAUUAUUGA